CUGCAUUCUGUGUUCUUGAACGUAUCAUAUCUAUGCUCUGGUGAACAAGUAUCGUAUCUGAAUCAGGUGACGAACUUUGGAGGUGAAUGUUUCUCUUUAGUUGUGUUUGUGUUUAUCUUGGCUUAGCGGAACUUUGGAGGUGAAUGUUACUGUUUUGUUGUGUUUGUGUUUAUUUUGGCUUAGCGUACGCGAAAAGACAGCGCGGUGCACGGGAAACUGUUUUCUGCUGUGAACUCAUUUGCGGAUGAAGCAUCGGCGUCUAUGAUUCUGUGUAGCCCGUUUAGUAACCUUGGUAUGUAGAGAGUCGUGGCAACAUGUACAAGGAAUCAGUCUCGCCAGUGCGUCACCGUACUUUGCUACGAUGUGCUGAUUGCCUCACAAAGCAGCAGUUAAAGAGUCUAUCCAGGGAGAAUGUAAAAAACUGCUGUAUGUCAACAGCUCCAGGGUGACAGCUGAAGUAGUUGCAUUAACUUUAAGCAUGUAUCCAAGAAACCACGAAAUAGUGAAGUUCUCUGACCUUGACUCAGAUGUUCAGGAGCUCAUCAGAACAGCUGUUUCUUAUAGACAGAAAGCUCACUGCCCAUACAGUAAAUUUCCAGUAGGAGCAGCGUUGAAGUGUGAUGACGACUCUGUGUUCGGUGGUUGUAAUGUUGAAAACGCCGCAUAUGGUUCCAGUAUAUGUGCUGAACGCACUGCAAUUGUAAAAGCCGUAAGUGAAGGCAAAAAGCUGUUCAAGCAUUUUGCGAUAACGGGAGAUGUAACUCAGGGAUUUAUAUCGCCCUGUGGCUCAUGUCGUCAAGUGAUGGUUGAAUUUGGAACAGACAUGAAAGUCUAUUUGGCAAAGCCAGAUUUUUCAGAUGUUCUAGUGACAAAUAUGGACGCUAUAUUGCCUCUAGCGUUCAUUCCACUGUCAAUGCCUAAGUGAAGUAUAGUGUACAAGGCUAUGUUAAUCACAGAAACUUAAAGAAAGGAAAUAACCGUAUAAUCUUUCAUCAACAAGUAAUUGUCAUCUGUUCUCUCAUAUUGAUGAUAAUUGUUUAUUGCAAUAAUAUCUGCAUAAUUUUGUUUUGACAGUGUACCAUUUAAAAGAGCAUGAUCUGUUAUAAUAAUGCAGUAUCUCUGUAAAAUAAUUUUUUGUAAUGGUUUUGGCAUAUAUAAUACAGAAUUUUAUGAA